GUGCUGCAGGCCAGGAACUGACCACUCAUCACCUGCUCAGCAUUUCUUGCCAAGUGGCUGAUGGGAUGACUUACCUGGAAGAGCAACACGUCGUGCACAGAGACUUGGCGGCCAGAAACAUCUUGGUGGGAGAUGACCUGGCUUGCAAAAUAGCAGAUUUUGGCCUCGCCAGGCUCCUCAAGGAUGACAUUUACUCCACCACGAGCAACGUCAUGAUCCCUGUGAAAUGGACAGCUCCCGAAGCAGCCAUCUACCAGACUUACUCGCUGAAAUCAGAUGUGUGGUCCUAUGGGAUUCUCCUCUAUGAGGUUUUCACCUAUGGACAAUGUCCGUACGAAGGGAUGACCAACCAAGAAACUAUCCAGCAGAUUUCUCGAGGCUACCGCCUCCCUCGUCCGAACAGCUGCUCUCCCGAAAUUUACAGUCUCAUGCUUGAAUGCUGGAAGGGCCACCCUGAAGACCGGCCGUCUUUCCUUAACUUGAGGGACAUGCUUUUCUCUAUUUACAAAUGGACCCACCACCCCUUUUCUUGAAGGGGAAACCCCAUCCGCCAUAUUUAAAACAAGACUUUGACAUCUUGCGGCCACCAUGGGAUUAGCAGAACGGUUAGAAAUGGCUCGCUCCAGCCAGCUUUGGGCUCAAAGGAUACUCGUGCAUUUGAAAUGGGGAUAUAGGAAGGCCGCCAUCUCCAGAUAUGUUGCAAAAUGCUCCGAUUCGGGUCUAGCUAAGGCCCCCUUGGCUUUCCUGGCUGUGUUGACCGGAAGAUAAUUCACUAUAGAUACAGUACAGCCAAGAUGUGAAUGGCAGUGGGGGCUAAUUUGACAUGUACGCCAGUAGACUUUAAUUAUUCAACAAAAGUGCACAUAUAUAGUCUGAAGGGGAGGUGAUCGGUCAUUUGCAGCAAUGCACCAUUAAUUGUCUUUUGCUUCGUUAGCAGUCCUGAGGGAUCGGUGAUUCUUUUCAGAGUUGGGCAGAGCAAAGGAGCAGGUUUUGGCUUCCGAAAAAUGGUCAGCCACACCAUUGUUGAUGGCCGCGUUGUUCUUCUCUGUGGUGGGGAGUGGUUUUUAUGGACUUUUCUGCCUCGGGUGCCAACAGAACUGUAAUGGUUUUGAGCACCAUGUUCUUGAAUAGAAGAGGGUGCCACUCCCGGCUU